GUCUCUGAGCUCCUUCUCUGUGCUCACCAAGCAGCGCGUGGAUCAUCUGGUUGCUGAGGAACCAGCACUUCUUUCUUUCUUUGUUUUAUCAUUUAAAGUUUGUAGAAACAAACUUCGGAGCUGAAAAUAUCACCCAGAGUUUCUGUUUCAUCUGUCAUCUGGAAAGAAGCAACAGCGCGUUGAAUUUCUCUGUGAGCGACGUUUAAAAGGCGACAUGUCGACUGGAGGCAAAGCGGUGAAAAGCUGCCCCAUCCCCACCAGGGUGCUGACCCUGAAGGACUGGUCCCAGCUGCCCGACUGCUACAGCCAGACCCCCGGGGGGACCCUGUUCUCCACCACGCCUGGAGGAACUCGCAUCAUCUACGACAGGAAGUUCCUCUUGGACUGUCGGAACUCCCCCCUCGCCAGGACGCCGCCGUGCUGUCUGCCGCAGAUCCCAGGAGUGACGAUACCGGCCACACACGCGCACCACACGGGGAAGCUGCAGGACCUCAAGGAGGAGGCAGAGGAGGAAGAGAAGGAUAUCGGAGACGACAGCCAGUUUGAGAUGGACAUCUGAGCCAACUGCAUCACCUCCUAUGGAGUGUUAUGUCAAAACGCCUUAAAGUCAUGAAAGACUGUAAUGCAUAACAUUAAGCUUUUUUUUUUUCAUCUUUUUUUAUUAAAUACUGAGCAACCUUUAAUGGAAAACGUAACCAUGCAUAAGGUGUUGUGACCCUUUAAAGUGGGUCUGGGUGGUUUUAUUUUGGACGGAUCGCUCGCUCGCUUGUUUCAAAGAAACUAUGGAAUCAAGAAUGAAAUGUGUUUUUGAUUGAACCCUUUUUUUUAUCUUUUGUAAAUAGGAGACGUGUGUUUUAAGUUGAGGAUUAUGGACGUGACGUGAAAACGUGGAUGAAAGGUUUUUCAGUUCAUGGAUCAGUUUACUUUGGAUGAAUUCCCUCCAGUUAACGAAGCGUGACUUUCAUUAGCAGCCGUUUGGGUUUAGUUUCUGCUGAAAACACAACGCAGAGUUUCUUAUGGAGGCAGGAUGUGGAAAAAUAAUAAAAAAAAUACAAA